CAUGCGCAGGAGAAGUCGUAGGCUUCCGUUAGAAACUUCAACAGUGUUCAUUACAUAAACGAUGGCUGAGCUGCACAGACGGCGACAUGAGCUCGGAGACAGAAAGCCGUCACCUGCAGGAGCAUCCUCCACAACAAACAGAGCCACUUCCGGUGACAGCUACUCGGUGUAUCUGAGACUGUUGGCUGCGGGAUUUUACGGAGUCAGCUCAUUCCUCAUCGUUGUUGUCAACAAAAGCGUCCUCACCAGCUACAGAUUUCCAUCGUCAACAUGUGUCGGACUCGGCCAGAUGUUGGCUACAGUCGUAGUUCUGAGGAUCGGGAAGGCGCUGGGCAUUAUCUCCUUUCCAGAUAUGGAUCUGAGUAUACCUCGCAAGAUGUUUCCACUGCCUCUACUGUAUGUGGGGAAUCAGAUAUCAGGGCUGUUUGGGACACAACGACUCAAUUUACCCAUGUUUACAGUCUUGAGGAGGUUCAGUAUUUUCCUCACCAUGGUGUUCGAGGGACUCCUGCUGAAAAAAACUUUCUCUACAUCAAUCAAGAUUACAGUGUUUACCAUGAUAUUCGGGGCUUUUAUUGCUGCAAGCGCCGAUUUAGCUUUCGACCUUGAAGGAUACUUGUGCAUAAUGCUGAACAAUGCUCUGACAGCGGCCGGUGGGGUGUAUACGAAGCAGAAACUAGAUUCCAAGGAGCUGGGCAAAUAUGGGCUUCUGUACUACAACGCUUUAAUCAUGAUAUUCCCCACUGCGGCAUACGCCUACUUCUCAGGGGACCUGCGAGUGGGUUUGGAGUUUGACGGAUGGGCUGAUCAGCUGUUUGUGAUGCAGUUUGUGCUCUCCUGCGUCAUGGGCUUCAUUUUAAUGUACUCCAUCAUGCUGUGCACGCAGUACAACUCAGCACUCACCACCUCCAUCGUGGGCUGUAUUAAGAAUAUCCUCGUGACUUACCUCGGGAUGGUGUUUGGAGGAGACUACAUAUUCAGCUGGACUAACUUCCUGGGUUUGAACAUCAGCAUUGCAGGCAGCCUGGUGUACUCCUACAUCACGUUCACACUGGAGCAAACAAAAAAGUCGUAACCCCGGAGACCAGACACUGAAGAACCACGUCCAGAACACAGCAUGUUUCACACACAUGUAUAAAGGAUUCUGUUAGCAUACAUUCCUGCUAAUUGUAUUAUUGUUUUUAAUUAAGACCAAGUGCCUUAACAUUUUUUAUAAUUAUAUUUUGUGAUUUAUGAGCGUUUUUAUAUUUGACAAAUAAAAUGAAAGAUUAUAUCUGA